GAAUCCAAGUGGAGAAGAUGCAAGAACCUUAUAUCUGGAGAGGAAAAAAUCAAUGAAACGAAUCAAAUCUCAUCGAAUGACUCAGAAAUUCUGAGUAUCUACAGGCCUGAUCAAGAUUGCCCGUGCGUUUUACAAACUCGUUUUGUUCAUCCUCCUGUGUCAAAAGAAGAAGGGGAGCUUCCGAUCGCUUUUAGUCUCACUGUUUAUAAAGGUUCACGUCUGCUCGACCGAAUUCUACGAGCCAUUUACAUGCCAAACAAUGUCUACUGCAUCCACAUCGACAAGAAAUCCUCAGAGGUCUUCCGUAAAGCAAUUCAGGCCAUUAUACGUUGCCUUCCAAACGUUUUCAUCGCAGCAAACAGUGUUGACGUCAUAUGGGGACAUAUUUCUGUAGUUAAAGCUCAAUUUAGUUGCAUGGAAGAGCUUUUGAAAUCACAAGUUAAAUGGAAAUAUUACAUAAGUUUAGUUGGACAGGAUUUUCCGCUUUAUGAUAACAAGCAGAUUGUAAAAGCAUUACAAAGUUUAAACAAUACCAACAACAUAGAAAGUUAUCCAAUGGCCAAACGUGAAUUAUCCCGAAUGAAGGCUGUUUUCAUAUUAAAAGAAAACCACCGGAUCUACAGAACAAAAAAGCCAAAAGGGCCGCCACCACACAAUAUUACAUUCUGUAAAGGAUCAACACAUAUUAUUGCUAUAAGAGAAUUCGUCGAGUUUGUUCUUCAUGGUCAAAUAGGAAAAGACCUCUAUGAAUUCUUAAAAGAUUCUGGUAUACCGGAUGAAACGAUAUAUUCAUCUUUACAAAGACAUCCAGGAGUUCCAGGCGCAAUCAACGGAAAUCAACCAACAUGGAUAGCCCGGGCCAUGUUACAGUAUUGGAGUAAGAAGAAAACCAGGGGCAUUUGUAGUGGGAAAUGGGUGCGACUUCUUUGUUGGAUUACCUUCCAAGAUUUAAGCUGGGCGCUUGGAGAAGAAAACAAAGACAAACUUUUUGUUCAUAAGAUUCCAUUUAACUUUAACGAGGAAUUAAUAGAAUGCAUUCUCUUGGCAAGGCAAGGAAGGAAGUACGACACUGCAAUGUGGAAUACAAAUAGUACAGACCUUUAG